UAGUGAAGAGAGUUAGACCGCCCAAAAGAGACCUUUGCAAAAGGGGUUAGAAAGGAGCAGCUAACCCAUUUGGGCAAUUUAAGUACUAUGUACCUUACUCAAGGUUUUCUCUUUUCAGCCUCCUCUUCUCCUCCUUUCUCUUAAGCAUAGAGUUGAGAGAGAGUGAGAGAGAGAGGGUCUUGAGCACUGCUGCAAACCCUAGUCUUGGAGAUUCUUGAUUUGCUGAAUUAAGAACAAACAUAGUGAUCAAAGAAUAUGGGAUCCAUGAAUUCAAACAACUGGCUUUCCUUUCCUCUUUCGCCCACUCACUCUUCCUUACCUCCACAUCUCCAAACAACUCAGUCUCAUCAAUUUUCUCUAGGGUUAGUGAAUGAUCAUAAUAUGGUCAACCCAUUCCAUAGCCAAGAGUGGAAUCUGAUCAAUACCCACGGCAGCAGUGAAGUUCCGAAGGUGGCUGAUUUUCUAGGCGUGAGCAAAUCUGAGAAUCAGUCAGAUCUUGUUGCCCUCAAUGAAAUUCAGGCAAAUGAUUCUGAUUAUCUAUUCCAAAACAACAGUCUAGUGCCAGUGGAAAACACUCUGGUAGCCACCUCUAAUAAUUAUGAAUUUCAAGAGAAUGCGAAUAAUUUGCAGUCGUUGACAUUGUCUAUGGGGAGUGGUAAAGGGUCGAGUACUUGUGAAACAAGUGGCGAUAAUAGUGCAAAUACUGUUGAAGCAGCCCCUAGAAGAACUUUGGAUACAUUUGGGCAAAGAACUUCAAUAUAUCGUGGUGUAACAAGGCAUAGAUGGACGGGAAGGUAUGAAGCUCAUCUUUGGGAUAAUAGUUGUAGAAGGGAAGGGCAAUCAAGGAAAGGUCGCCAAGUUUAUUUGGGAGGGUAUGACAAAGAAGAGAAAGCAGCUAGGGCCUAUGAUCUUGCUGCACUGAAGUACUGGGGAACAUCCACCACUACCAAUUUUCCAAUCAGUAACUAUGAGAAGGAAUUGGAGGACAUGAAGCACAUGACAAGACAGGAAUUUGUGGCCUCGAUUCGAAGAAAGAGUAGUGGCUUCUCUAGGGGCGCAUCCAUGUAUCGCGGUGUUACAAGGCAUCACCAACAUGGAAGAUGGCAAGCGAGGAUUGGCAGAGUUGCAGGAAACAAAGAUCUUUAUCUAGGAACUUUCAGUACCGAGGAGGAAGCGGCAGAAGCAUAUGACAUUGCGGCAAUAAAGUUUAGAGGGUUAAAUGCAGUCACAAACUUUGACAUGAAUCGUUACGACGUGAAGAGCAUUCUCGAAAGCAACACUCUCCCCAUUGGCGGAGGAGCUGCCAAAAGGUUAAAGGAGGCUCAAGCCAUCGAGUCUUCAAGAAAACGGGAAGAAAUGAUCGCCCUUGGCUCGGCCGGCUUUCAAUACGGCAGUUCAAGCGGCGGCUCUAGCAGAUUACAAGCAUUCCCUCUAAUGCAGCAACAACAGCCGUUUGAUCCUCAACCACAACAACCUUUACUUACCCUACAAAACCCAGAGAUUUCUCACCAGUACACGCAAGACCCUUCAUACCAAAGUUACAUCCAAACACAGCUCCAUUUACACCAGCAAUCUGCGAGUUCUAAUUAUCUUCACCAGAACUCCCAGUUUUACAACGGUUACCUUCAGAACCAUCCAGCUUUGCUUCAGGGUUUGAUGAACAUGGGUCCUUCGUCAUCUGUGAUGGAGAAUAGUGGAGGAUAUCUGGGGAAUGGGCUCUCCAUGGCUCCUAAUUCAACACCGGGAAAUGCAGUGGGAUCGGCCGAUGAACUUGCACUCGUGAAGGUUGACUACGAUAUGCCUUCCGCGAGUUAUGGGGGAUGGUCGGGGGACUCUGCUCAGGGAUCGAAUCCUAAUGUUUUCUCAAUGUGGAAUGACUGAGAUGUUUGGAAGAAAGAUGGUAGGGAACAAUUUGCUGCAUGUGCUUCUUUGUUUUUUCUUUUUUUUUUUUCUUUUUUUCGUUUUGAAUGUUUUAAGUGAUAGGAGUUGAGUUUCACUGCAGCAAACCCCAAGGAGCAAGGCUUUGAGUUUUAUUUUGUUCAAGCAAUUCGCUCGAUCAUUGUUGUUGAGGGUUUUUGCUAUUGACUUUACUGAAAAACUGACUCUAAUCACCUGGGCCAAAUCCGAUCCAGAGGGUCCUCUUUUUCUACCAUGUCAUGACUUUAUGAUGAUGAUGAGUUGAAGUAUGAUGACCCAAAUUUUGUA